GUGUUUAGUUGUUGCCAAGCCCGAACCCUUCUCUAGGUCUUUGCAAGGCGAGUCUCCAAUACCUAUCACCAUCGCUGACGUGCUCGCAGAUCCACGGGCUCGACGCACUGGCUAACGAUGGACUCCGCGAUAGCUAUGUUUCUGCACGCUGCGACAUCGAGGGCGGAUGGCGAUUCCUUGGCUCUUAGUCGAUUAACCUAUGUGUUGCUUUGUUGCGCAUCAUGGCGGCAAAUACUUUGUACUAUAUCGCUCAGAGACUUAAUUUGGAGCGCAUGCAGUCCAUGGGUAUCCAUAUCAGCACGGUAUUAUGUUUUGCGCAGCUCCCGUAGCCUCCGCUGCUGCCCCUUACUGGCCAUCGGUAUCGUCCCCUCCUCCCUCCGUCCCCUCGCCUCCUACCGUUGCUCCAUUAUGCUCUAUCAUCGCCUCAUUAUCUAACGAUCCACCCAUCCUUCGCCUGAUUAUCCUCUGCCGCA